UGACCAUUGUGUCCCUUGGGCAGGGGGUGAUGGCCUUUCCCAUAAACUAGUCCUGGUCCCUGAUUCCCCCCAAAGCCGCUCUCCCCAGUUUGGCCCCAUGGGGUUGCUGAGGGCCCCAGAUAGGGAACCCCUAAGGAAGAGGAGACCCUGUUCCUGCCCGCCUCUCUUCCCAGAGGGCAGGAAUCCCAAGAGGCAACUGGACAGCACCAGCCUCCUGCCAUCUCAGGGGGUCUCCACACUGUGGAGAGUGGGUGCCAAGCGAAGGGCACUCCUCCUGCCAAGGGAGGGGCAGCUGAGCCCCAAUGUGCCCUCGGGGGGAAGAGAACAGAGCCACCAGUGGUGGCUCCUGGGGCUGCCAAGCGCCUCUCGCAGCUUAUCAGACCAAAGCAGAGAGCAAAAGGUGCCUUGGGUUACAUGCAGAUCUCCUCCACCCUUCUGGGACAUAAGAUAAGGGAGAUAAGGGCCACCUAUCCCUCAGCAGCCCAUCUGGAUCAGGGGCAGAUUCUCCGGGGAGGUGAGUGGCGCCUUCUCAAGACCUCCUGCUGCCCUGGCCAGGAAGGAUUUCCGGGGGCUGCUCAGCCAACAGCAUGUGGCUCAGGGCCACCAUCCUCCUCCUCCUCCUCCUCCUCCUCCUCCUCCUCCUCCUCUUCCUCCAGACCAGCCAAGGGAACCAGCAGAGUUGCAGUGGCAUUCCGAACGGGAGCUGCCCCUAUCAAGACGUCUACACCAAGACCCGAGAUAUCACAGAGAUCCCCAAGUCAGUAGCUCCCAUUAUCACCGAAAUGUUCUUUGUGGAGACCAGCAUUGUAGAAAUCAGGCAGGGAGCCUUUGUGAACAUGUCUAACCUAGUGAAAAUUGAAUUUAUAAACAGCAAGAUUAAGAGAGUCGAAGCGGGAGCAUUUGAUCACUUGGGGAAAUUGACGGAUUUGGAAAUAACGGGAGCUGAGUUAGGGGAUCUCCCGGUGGGCACCUUCCGGUCCCUGGAUCGCUUGCGCAAGGUGAACCUGAGGGACUCCCAGAUGAGGAGGGUUGAGAAGGGGCUCUUCGAGGGUCUUGGGGAUUUGGAAGAGCUUUACCUGCAUCGGAAUGAAAUUGCGUCUCUCCCCGAUGGAGUUUUUGACGGGCUCCCUAAACUCUCCUUGUUACAUUUGGCGUCAAACCAGCUCUCCAAUUUCUCACGGGAUGUUUUCCAGCAACUGAGCCAGUUGAAGACUCUCCGAUUGCAGGAUAACCAGAUUGGGAGCCUGGCGGAGGGGACCCUGGACAGCCUGCAGGAGCUGGUGGAGCUGAAUCUUGAGAGCAACAGGCUCCAGGCUCUCCCGCCCAACUUGCUAAGACGGCUGGUCAACCUGGAGAAGAUUUUUCUGGACAAGAACUCGAUUGAAGUUCUCCCAGAGGAGAUCUUCCUUGGACUGAGCAAAGUGAAACAGCUGAGGGUGGCUUCCAACUGCUUGAAAGCUUUCCCGCCCUUGGGGGCCAUGCGGUUGCUGAAGGAGCUGGAUCUGAGCAGGAACAAGAUCUCCUCCCUGGAGCAUUUGACUUCUCUCCCCGCCCUGACGACUCUUAAGCUCCAAGGAAACCUCCUGCAGACCAUCCCCACCGGUCAGUUUGACCACCUGGGAAAACUCACUUCCCUGCAUCUUGGAGACAAUCCGUGGAGGUGUGACUGCCACCUUCUCUACCUUCACCAGUGGAUAAGUGCUAAUGCCAAAAGAAUCAAGGAUGCCAAAAAGUUAACCUGCAGGAGCCCAGGAGGCCUGGCUGGCAAGAAUGUGAUCUCACUGUCAAAGGACCAGCUGGUCUGUUUAACAACCACACCCGUUUUAGCCACCUUCAAAGCCACCCGGGUGCCCACUUCUUCUCCAUCUGCCACCCCAGCAAGGAGAAGCACAGCUGGGGCUGCAGCUCAGCCCCCCAUGCUGCAGGAGGCCCCCACCACGUCUCAGGCCUCAGCCACCAUUCCUCAGACCCAUCCUGCGAAAAGCACCCAAAUCCUGAUGACCAGCAGCUCCCCCACAAGCACCCAAACCCCAACCUCAAGCUCCCCCCUCGCCCCCCCUCAGAGUCCCACCUCAGCCAGGACAAAUCCUGAAGCCGCAACAUCCACAUGUUCCUCAACCACAAAGAAAGAUACCGUCACUGUCUUUGAGAUUCCUUCCACAACCCAUGAAAUAUUUCCCACGACUUCUCCAGCCAAAAGCAAAGAAGCCACAACUGCCACUGAAUUGCCUUCCACAACGCUUCAAGCCACAACUUCCACGACUUCUCCAGCCACAACCAAAGACACCACAACUGCCACUGAAUUGCCUUCCACAACGCUUCAAGCCACAACUUCCAUGAGUUCUCCAGCCACAACCAAAGACACCACAACUGCCACUGAAUUGCCUUCCACAACGCUUCAAGCCACAACUUCCACGACUUCUCCAGCCACAACCAAAGACACCACAACUGCCACUGAAUUGCCUUCCACGCCGCUUCAAGCCACAACUUCCAUGAGUUCUCCAGCCACAACCAAAGACACCACAACUGCCACUGAAUUGCCUUCCACGCCGCUUCAAGCCACAACUUCCAUGAGUUCUCCAGCCACAACCAAAGACGCCACAACUGCCACUGAAUUGCCUUCCACAACGCUUCAAGCCACAACUUCCAUGAGUUCUCCAGCCACAACCCCAAAUGCCACAGCCAUCUCUGAGAUUUCUUCCAUAAGCCACCAGUUCACUUCUUGUACAGAUACUCUGACCACAGAGGAUGAACCGGGUACCCGAACCACGGAGGCCACUGUGCCCUGGCGCACUCCCACCAAGGCAGCCCCCACUGCUCUGACUAACAUCAGCUCAGCAAGAACCUUUGAACAGUUUACAGUCCCCAAGAGAUCCACAGAAAGCCAGGAUCCGCCCACCGGCAGUCCUGGGAUCACCACGUCAUCCGUGUGUAGCUCCAGACCCUCCGUGCUGGCCCCACCCACCGGCCCCACAGCCCCCAGGGCGACCCUGGCACAGACGCCCCUUCCAUCUGCAGCAGAGUCCCCUUCCCCUUCUCUCCCUCCUUUGCCCCCGAGUGUGGGGAGCCCCCUUCCCCCCAGCCGACCUGCUCCUCUGCCACAGCACCAGCCCUGGGGCUUCCUGCUGAGCUCCAACUCCCGCUACUGCCCAGUGUUCCUCUGGCUUUAUCUCUCCAUGCUCUCGGUGGCCAUCUUCUGUGCAGCCGUCCUCGGGCGCCUGGCAUACGUGCUCCACAAGGCCACCGAGUCGGUCCAGUUGCCUUCCAGGCCAGUGAGGCUGGUGCAGGUCAAGGCCAGGCGAGGGAGGGAGUGAAGGGGGGGUGGCAGGAAAGCAGCCAUCUCAACUCUGGCCUCCUGGGACACCCACUGAGGGCCUGGGCAGAGUGGCCUGCGCUGGGCUGCUUCUUCUUAAUACUGCCCCCUCCUGGACCCCAAGAUGGGGAAACUGAGUCUGCCAGCUGUAGCCCUACCUGGAACAGGAGGGCCUUUCUUCUCCUCUCCACCAUGUGGUGGGGCUGUUAUAAUGCACUUGUGGUAGAUCUCUCAUACCACAGACGUGGGACCUCUGAGAUUCCCCCCCCCCCGCCCCACUACCUAUGAACUGCUGAAGGGGCCCACUCCCCCACCGCCUCGGGAAACCUUUAAAGCCAGCUGGGUUAACCCUGAACGGCGACAGGAGGAAGAAUGGGAGGGGCAUUGGGGGCCCAGGGAAGCAGGCUGCUUCUAUUCCCUGGCCAAGGGUAUCUGGGGGGUCUUCCUAAGGAGGAGGUUGCAGAGGUGGGCUUAUCUCAAAUCCUCCAAGCCCAGGCUGUAAUUCCACCGGGUCUGCCUGUUUCUUUGCAAUGCAGCCCAGGAGGCAAAAGAUGAGUAAGAUCUGGUUCCCCUUUUGGAUCAAGGCUCCAAAGGGUUUUCAGCAAGCACCAUAGCCGUGUGUGGAGGGCUCCGGGCGUAUCGCACGCAUGCUAAUAAAAAAGAGUGUGGUAUCU